UAUUGUGAUGUUAACAAAAAAAAAAAAAACUAAUUAAUUAUAAACCUAUGCACCAAUAAUAUAAAAUAAUUCAUUAAAUCAAAUAAAGCAUUUGCAUUUUCAUUCAGAAACAGAAGAUUUUAAAGUAAUGCGGUACUUGCUAUGUUUUUUUUUUUCAUUCUCUCACUGUAACAGUAAAAUAGGACAAAAAAUCUGGUGAUAUCUGAACGUUCAAACUAGGCGUAGUAUUUUAUUUAUAUGCGAGAAGAGCAAAGAAUAUUUACUCGACUCCUCGCCUCGGCAUAUUGGAAAUGAAAUAAAACAACAACAAAACAAAAAAAAAAAAACAAUAUAUCUAUAUCCAUAGAAGAAGUAUUUGCUAGUGUAUGUGAGUGUAAGAAUAAUUUGGAGUUAAAAAUUAAAAACUAAAAAAAUACAAAAACAAGAAAAAUCAUAAAAAGCCGCGUGGGUUCUCUUCUGGGUUCUGUUCUGGUCGUCGUCUAUUGUAUCGCAUAUCGUACAAAAAAAUUUAUUGUGAAAGAUGAAUACGUCAAAGACAAAAAGCAGAUUCCUUUACUUGAUGUAAGCAAAAAAUGGAUAGUCAGUUUCAAUUUUUCUGGCCAAUGUGGGCUGUACAACGACAUCUUUUACCACCAGCGAUCAAUGUUCAAUUUAAACAACGAUAUCAUCAAUUUCAAUCAAACCACGAGCAACAACAGAAGCAGUACCAGCAGCAAAAACACCAAUUGCCACAAUUUUAUUCAUUAUUUGCUCUCUUUUCACUAUCAUCUUCAUCAUCAUCAACUAGCAACAGUAGUAGCAUCAGUAAAAUAAAUAUGCUUAGCUUGUUCUGAAGUGCAUUUUGGGCAAUGAUCUUUAGUAAUCGUUCAAAGAAACAGUCAUUAUCGUCUGGAGAAGCAGAAAGCAGAGAAAGACCCACCAAACGCGACAGCCAAGAAAAACGUAGUAAAAGUCUAGAAGAAAACAAAUCAAAACAACAGCAGAAUUCAUCUAAUAAUUCCACUAUAUCGAAUUUAGAAUCGUUAAAAAAAGAAAAAAAUCAAAAUUCAACACCAACAAAGCAACAGAGAAAUCUUGUAAAAUUCAAUAUACUAAAUGGUAUAUUUGGUCGUUCAUUAGGAAAUUUAGAAAAGACAAUAUCACCAACAUCACAACCAGCAACAUCGGCAAUUUCUUUCUUACCAACUGUUGCAUCAACAUCAUCAAUACCAACACCCCAACAUCUAUGGCGCAAUCAAUAUUACUAUGUGCAUUUUCAACAACAACCAUAUAAAAAUAGUUUGGUAGACAUUCAAAAUUUAAAAUCUGACGGACAAGCUUAUAGAAAAUUCAUCCAAAAUACAACAACACGAUCACCAUUUAUAUCUCGUUCGUUGUUUGAUUUAUCAAAUAUCGGUCUCAUAAAUCAACAAUUUCCAUUGUUGAGUGAAUCUCAAAAUCGUAAUAAAACACAAGAUUAUAUUUUAAAUUGUGCUGAUUCUGCAUAUAAUUGCAAGGCGUCAGAAAGUAGUAGUAUUCCAGAAAAGCAAGAAUUUCAAGAAUAUCAACUCCCAUUUUCUGCUCGUUCUCGUUUUUCUGGCUACCAAAAGGGUCAAAUAUUAUAUGGAGGAAAUAUUUCAAAUGUAAAUGCAAGUAAAUUUAAUUCACCUAUACUAUCUAAUCCAGCAUCAACAGCAUCAUUAACCACACUUAGUGAAGAACAAGAGGAAUAUAUAGAUUUUCCAAAGAAUUCAUCACUAUUUUAUUCGCCCAAUUCAUGUCAAUCAAAUUUUAAAUUCGGCACAAACUAUUCCGAACAAUCAUUGUCUUUGGAUCGGGAAGAGUUAUUAUUCUCGCGAAUAGGAAGUUUUUCUAAACGAUCAAGUAUUUCACUGCCUUCGCCACCCCUUUUUUCACAUAAAAGUGUAUCCCUAGACGAAUGCCGUACUUUUAAAAGGCAUAACCAACAAUUACACAAACAGCAGGAGUUCGAGCAGGAGGCAGUUUGUGAAGAAAAAAGUUUUAUCGAGAAUCUUGAUCGUUACACAACUGCUAUUGAUAAAAAUUAUGACAAAUAUGAAUACGACGACGACGAAUUAGAAGACGAAGAUAUACUUAGUGAUUUAAGUGAAGAUUUAGUUGAGAAAAAAGUCAAUAGUCAAUACAACAAACUAUCAUUAUUAAGUGGAAAAAAAGAACAAAUACAACGACGACUACAACAACAGCAAAAUAAAAAAAUUAAUCAAUGCGGAUCAUCUUUAUUUGUAGAUGUCAGCAAUAACGAAAUGUUGGAAUCAUCAUUGUCACAACACCACCUUACACAGCAGCAAUCGCAGCCACAAAAUCAUAUUCAUCGAAGCACACAGAGUCUAUCUAAUAGCAGCACACUAGCAGCUAGUACUAGUGCCACUACAUCGUCUAAUAAAUUUUUGAAUGAUAUUGAAUCAGAUCUUCAUAAUAUAGUUCCCAGCAGUAUUUCAUCAUCAUCGUCGUGCAUAAUAAACAAAACUGAUAAAAAUAAUAUUUCUUCUACAUCAUCAUCUACGUCGUUAAACAACAAAGGCUGUGAAAUCUUGCCACAUUUGUUAAAUAACAACAAUAGUUGGAAUAACGGAGGAGCAACAACCAGUGGCAGUAGCAGCUCUUAUCGCCUCUUAAAAAACCCUUCGACGACUUUGUGCAAUAACAAUAUAAACCGAUCUGGCAAUCCAACAAAUACAAACUCAAAUUCAAAAGUAAAGAUGGUCGGUACUGAGCAAAUUCAACAGCAACAACAACAACAACAAUCUCAGCAGCAAACGCAUCAUAUUCAUCAUCACCAUCAUCAUCAUCACAGUCUGCCCACAGUUGCUGGCUCGGUAGGCAGUAUUGCCGCCUCCUCGAAUAACGAAAAUAGUAGUAGUAGUUCAAUGCUUGGUCAGCAGUGUGUUUCCUAUUUACAUUCGGACACAGGCGUAGGCGUAGGUGCAGGAGGAACAGCAAUGGUAACAAAUAGUAACAGUGCUAAUGGUCAGAGCCAUCAGCAUCACAUUCAAUCUUUAUCCAUUGAGGGAACGAAUAGACUAAUCGAUGAUAUUGAUCAACCUUUAUCGGGUAGUUUUAUUUCAUCAAAUGCAAGCACAUCGUUAUCUUCAAUAGCUACUUGUAAUUCCUCUUCAAUGCCUGAUAAUAUUGUUUGUGGAAGUAAUAAUGGAAAAAUAAUAAUUCCUAAUUCCACAGAGGUAUCACCUCAAACAUCGACCAACACCAACACAAAUUCGACAGCAACAAUAACAGCAACAGCGACUGCAACAACACCAUCUAGUUGUGUUUUUUCAUCGGCCACAACAUCUGGAACAACUGCCACAGCCAUAUCAACAAGUUUGGUACGAGUGGAUGGAAGCACGUACCCCUUUCAUGAACAAAUCAUAAUGUCUGGUCAACAGAAAAGUGCCCUGCAAGAGAAACCAAAACCAUUGGUGGUAUCACCACAACAAGUUAUGGUACUUUAUAUGCAUAAGCUAACACCAUAUGAAAGAACUGAAAUACUAGCAUAUCCACAAAUUUAUUUUAUUGGUGCAAAUGCUAAAAAGAGACCAGGGAUCUUUGGUCCAAAUAACUCAGACUAUGACAACGACCAAGGUGCCUAUAUUCAUAUUCCACACGAUCACGUUGCAUACCGAUAUGAAGUAUUAAAAAUCAUCGGCAAAGGCAGUUUUGGUCAAGUAGUAAAAGCUUAUGAUCACAAAACACAUGAGCAUGUUGCCUUAAAAAUGGUACGCAACGAAAAGCGUUUCCAUCGUCAGGCCCAAGAAGAAAUAAGAAUAUUGUAUCAUCUACGUAAGCAGGAUAAAUACAAUACUAUGAAUAUAAUUCAUAUGUAUGAUUAUUUUACAUUUCGUAAUCAUAUGUGUAUAACAUUUGAAUUGCUAAAUAUUAAUCUUUAUGAGCUGAUUAAAAAAAACGGAUUCAAAGGAUUCAGUUUGCAGUUAGUGCGUAAGUUUGCCCACUCAUUGCUGCAGUGCUUAGAUGCUUUGUAUAAAAACAAAAUAAUUCAUUGUGAUAUGAAACCGGAAAAUGUGUUGCUUAAACAACAAGGACGAUCUGGAAUUAAGGUAAUUGACUUUGGAUCAUCGUGCUAUGAAAACCAACGGGUUUAUACAUAUAUUCAAUCACGUUUUUAUCGUGCCCCAGAAGUAAUACUUGGUGCAAAGUAUGGUAUGGCAAUUGAUAUGUGGUCUUUGGGGUGUAUAUUGGCUGAACUACUAUCGGGACAUGCAUUGUUUCCGGGCGAAAAUGAAGACGAUCAAUUGGCUUGCAUUAUUGAAGUGCUUGGAAUGCCUAAUAAAAAUAUCCUAACUAAUGCGAAACGCACAAAGAACUUCUUCAAUCCAAAAGGCUACCCGCGGUAUUGCAUGGUACGGACAAUGCCUGAUGGUAAUGUGGUACUGAUUGGCGGGCAUUCCCGUCGCGGUAAACCGCGUGGCCCACCAUGUUCAAAAAGUUUAUCGAAAGCAUUGGAUGGUUGCAAAGAUCCAUUGUUUUUAAACUUUAUCCGCGGAUGCCUUGAGUGGGAUCCGGAGAAGCGUCUAACUCCUGCUGAAGCCCUCAAACAUCCCUGGUUACGGCGACGGCUUCCACGACCUCCAAAUGGUGAACCAAUACCAGUGGCAAGUGGAAGCAGCUGUGUUGGAGGAACUGUAGAGUGCACCAGCAGUGUAGCAGCGUUAUCAGCGAAUGCAUUGGUUGUAACAUCUUGUGCAACACAUUCAUCAUCUAGUAUUGUUUCGGCUGAAGCCAGUGAACGAUGGGUCAGUAGCAGUAAUAGCACCUGCAAUAAUAUCGCUGGUAAGCUUAAAAAUGCAAUUCAAUUGCCUACUUCAGUUACGCAUGGUAGUAUUGUUUCUGUUGAGCCAAAUGAACGAUGGGUGGUUAACAGCAGCAGCAAUAGCACCUGCAACAAUUUAGGUUCAAAGCUAAAAAAUGCAAUAGAAAUACCAACUUCAGUUGCCCACGGUAAUAUAACAUUCUGUGAAACCAGUGAACGAUGGUUCAACAACAAACAAAGUAACUGCAACAAUACCAAUACCACUGUUAAGCUUAAAAAUGCAAUACAAUUACCUUCAAAUUCAGCUGCCAACGGCGGCGUUGGUUCUGGUUCUGGCGGCGGCGGUGGCAGCUCAUCGUGUAGCAGCUCUAGCAAAACAUCAUCAUUCAAUCAAUACACAAUAAGUUUAAAUAAUAGCAUGGCGCAAUCACAAUUUGAUGGCACAAAUUCUUCAGUGCCCGCUGAUCAUCUUCCCAAACAUAGCGUAUCAAAUAUCUGUGGUGGUGUUACUCUAGCUGGUUCUGUAGGUAUUUCAUCUUUUUCUUCAUCAUCUCAACAUCAACAACAAACGCCACAAACUCAACAAACCACCCGGCAUUUAUACCAUCACAAUCAUCAUCACCACCAUAACCACUCGCAUCAGCAUGCUCAUAUGGAGCAGCAACCUGUUUCUCAUCAUCAUCAAAACACAGGAUAGAAUCUUAGAAUCCACGGAGAAAAUUAAGGAAAAAAAAAUAAACAAAAAUAUGAGUAAAAUGCAAUCAUAGGCCAGAGAGAUAAACAAAACAAAAAAAAAAACAAUAAUCGCAAAGCUCACCCGUUGUAAUUUAAUUCUAAAAAAGGUUAACAGACAGGAUCUUUUAGUCAAGAACAAAUAAGGAUUUAUUUCUAGUUUUUAAGAAAUUUAUAUUAUAUUAUAAUAAUUAUAUUGCUCAGUCGUCUUGUAUGUUUGUCACGUAGGUUGGCUGUAAAAUAUGAUUACUAUUUUUUUUUCGUGAAUAAGUAUUUUAAGUUUCUUUUCUUCUGUUUGUGUUUCCUCUGAGUAUGUUUAGAUUUUGUUUAUGAAUUAUCAUUUUUUAAGUCAGCCUACGUAGUGUAAAUACAUUAUUAAGAAGCUGUGAGAGCUUAAGAGUAUGAUAUAUAACCCCAAGAUUUCUUUUGUUUCUAAACUAUUCAGACGAGUGCUCUGCUCUAAUGAAAUUAAAAUAAAAAGACACAAAAUAUGCAAAAUCCUUUAAGAAUUUACUUGACCGCUCACAAAUUAAUUUCUGCACUCAGUUCAAAAUAAGAAAACAAAAUUUUUUGCUCUCACAAUCUUCAAUAGAAACAUUUAUAGCUAUUAUAAAAACAAUAUUCUUAAAAGCGUUUAAAAAUAUUUAUAUUACAAUAUUAUUAAAAAAAAAAAAAACAGAAAAACUAAAAUAAAAAAGAAAGACUUAUACUUUUCUUGUGAUGAUGGUCUCAUUAAAUUAAAAAAGAUAUAUGUACAUUAUAUUAACUAUUAAAUGCCUAGAAUUUAUAUGCUGUCAGUUGCUGUUAAAUAAUAGUGUUAUAGUCGUAAGAUUUAUAUAUUGCUAAAAAAAAAAACAACAAAAAGAAACCUGUGAAAAAACCUAUUUUAUAAAGUGAAUCUAUCUUAUACAUUGUUCUUCAUUAUUCUUUUUUUUUGUUUACAUAAACAUAUGUAUCAAAAACUUUGCGCAUAUUUAUCAAUUAGAAUUUUUUUUAUAUUUUGUUUAAGUGGUUUUAACAUAAUUUUAAAAUAAUUUUUAAAAAAUGUAUAAAUGUAUCUCUAAUCACUGCCGUAACAUCUAAUGCAAAGUAGCUUACAGUUAGUAUCCCUGUGUGGCGAUGAAAAAAAAAACAAAAACAAAAAAAAUAGAAAAAAUGCUUGUAUGCCCAAAAAUAUAUAUAUAUAUAACAUAUAUAUAUAUUUAUCAAGGAAAUGUAUCUAUUCAUAACUAUUAGUUUGUUUUAUAUUGUUUUAAGAAUUCAAAACUUGGCAGCAUUAAAUAAAUAAUAUUAAAACUUAGUGCUAGACAUACACACUCACGAAUUCAAAUUAACAAAUUUAUUUAAUAUCAUAAAAGAGUUUACUUUACUAAAUUCUUGUAAAUAAAUAAAAAAAAAACACAUAAUUAUAAACUGUAUAUGCUCUAGGUAAUUUUUUAAAAACAAAAUAAAAUAAAAAAUUACAUGCUCUCUUUUCACUUUUUUUUAAAUUAAUUUUUUUGUUUAUGUGAAUGGUAUAAUUGAUUGCAGGUUUUUUUCUCUUCAAAAUAAUAUCUAAUUGAAAGAAGUUGUUGGCACAUAUGCAAAAAAAAAAUGAGAUAGAUAAAAAAAUUAACUCAAAAGUGAAAAAAGAUCUUAAGCUCAUCUUUUUGCAUAUGAACCAAUAACGGAUUUACAACUGUUUCUGUUUACAUUUUGCUUCAUACGAAAUUACUUCCUUACUUUCAGCAGUGUAAAAUGCGGCCAACAUAAAUAAUAAAUCAAUCAUAUAGAGAAUAGAGAUAUUCAUUUGCUUAUAACAUUACCAUCCAAUAAAGUCAUAGCAUUAAUUUAUAUUAUUUCUUUUUUUAAAGCUCCUCAACACAUUUG